CCCGAUGCCACCGUUCUACCAUUAGAAAACGUAAGUAUUUGUAUUUUUUCUGCUAACAUCGACGCGCCACCGACAUACCCGUCACCGGUGCAUUUUUAUGACUUUUUUAAAUUUUAGGUAUAGAUCUGAGGAAAGGCAACUACGCUGAGCGCGUCGGCGCCGGUGCGCCGGUCUAUCUCGCCGCCGUCAUGGAAUAUCUGGCGGCUGAAGUCCUCGAGUUGGCUGGAAACGCAGCCAGGGACAACAAAAAGACUAGGAUAAUCCCGCGCCACUUGCAGUUAGCCAUCCGUAACGACGAGGAACUGAACAAACUGCUGUCCGGAGUAGAGCUUACGAUACGUGUUUUAAGAUUCACGUGUCACAUACACGACUACAUGUUACACGUGUCACAUACACGACUACACAUGUACACGUGUCACAUACAUACACGGGUACACGGGUACACGUGAAUGAAGGUACCGUGAAUCCGUGUACACGGAUCACGUGUACACGUGAAUCUUAAAACACGUAUCCAAUCGUAAGCUCUAGUCCGGAGUGACCAUUGCUCAAGGCGGAGUCCUGCCCAACAUUAAAGCAGUCUUGCUGCCAAAAAAGACCGGCACUAGCGGCUCCGGCAAGGGCGACAAGGCGUCGCGGGAAUAUUAGACUGUUGCGCGUUUAUAAUUUCUAAUUUUAGUUUAUAAUUUGAACCGUUUUGUAACCUUUUGUAUACUUUCAAUAGUCCUCGUUUUUCGUGAAACGGGGACGGGAGGAACAGAUGCCCCGGCGACGUCCUGUGUGCGACAGGAUUAGAUUUACAUUGGUUCUUGAGAUAGAGAAAAAAUAUAGAGAUCGAUAGCGGAC